AUGGAGCUAAAAUGUGUAUUUGAAGAGAAACUUGAUUUGAGUGGAGAAAUUUAUUACACGUCUGUAAUUCAAUCAAUUUCAUUAAUAAAGCCGAAUACAAAAAUUCGAAAGAUUUCUGGAAAACACGUGAAUGGCAAAAAAGAUGAAGAUGUCAAAGUGAUUAAAUUUGAAAACACAACAGUUAACUAUUUCCCUCAAGGCCUGAAUAAAAUAUUUCUCAAUCUGAUAGCUGUUUUCAUUUACAAUUGUGGCUUGAAGUCAAUUACACGCAGAGAUUUAACUGGACUUAAAAACCUUAGGACGCUUCAUUGCAGUCGUAACAAAAUCACUUCACUUCAAAGCAAUUUGUUUCAAAAUAUGGCGAAACUUAAAUAUAUUUCAUUCCGCGAAAACGAUUUGCAUUGCAUAUCUUCAGAUGUUUUCAAGCCUUUAUCGAAAAAUUAUUAUAAAAUAGAUCUUCGUAAUAAUCGCUCCAUUGACGCUUUUUAUUGUUCUUCUCGUACGCCUAUCAUGGAUGAAAAACAUGUUGAUUCUAUUGCCCAGUUCUGGACAAUGAUUGAUGACAUGUGCAACAAAAAUAAAAAUAUCUCUUCAGACAGAUUCAAAGAUCUUUGGAAAACUGGGCUUUGUUCGGACGUAACAAUCGUCACAGAAACUGAGAAGUUCAAAGCUCAUAAAGUGGUUUUGGCAGUUCAAAGUUCAGUUUUUGCUUCAAUUUUCGACAAUGACAUGAAGGAUCGACCAUCCGGAGAAAUUCACCUUAAAAACUUAAAUGCAGACAUAGUGAAGAUUUUCAUAAAAUUUUUCUACGUCGGUGAGUUCGAAAGAAGAGAACUUGCAGGUUUAAAAGAACUUUUGAACCUCGCAGAAAAGUUUAAAGUUCAAAAUUUGUUGUCAAUUGUUGAAGAUAUGAUCAUAGAUGAUCUAAAUGAUGAUAACGCGAUUGAGGUCUUGGAAUUUGGAUGUCGCUUCAAUUGUGAUGGAAUCAAAACUUCAGCAUUUGAGGUCAUUCAAUCAAUGUUUGACGAACCUCUGAAGGAUGAUUUGAUAAAUCAACCGGAAGCUGUCACGGAACUUGUUGAAGCUCAAAGAAACUUUAAGUCUACACUGGAAAAAUACAAACAAAUUUAA